CAUGUCCGCUUUCUUCCAACCCCGGCAGCUGCAACCGCGGAGCCCGUCACCAAAGCCACUGAAACAGUAAGCGGGAGAGCUGGCGAUGGCGAGGGAGGCGCACGGAGCCCGACUGGCGGCGCGGCUGAGGCUGUUCUAGGGAGACCGGCGGGGAGGCAUCUGCCGGGGGCUCAUUCCCAACACCAAAGGAAGCCCCCCCCAGCCGCGUCUCCCCUCUGGAAUAAAACCCAAAUUCUAGCCAGCAACAUCCCAGGCCGGGCGAGCGAGCGAGCUUGGAGCGGCCUCGGGGGCAGGGAAGGUACCGGCGUUGCAGGCGAGCCGGCAGAGGGAAGCGCUUCCUCGGUGCCUCGCGGGCCACCCCAAGCCAGAUAGAUGUGCGCGCCGCCCGCCCGCCCGCGCGGCCACCAUGAACACCCAACUGGCGAUGGAGACUCUGGGCGACCUCCACGGGGUGAGCCAUGAGCCGGGCCCCGACCUGCUCCGGAGCGCCCACCCCCGCGGCGGCGGCCAGAGCAACCCCUUGGCCCACGGCGCCCGCCCGCUGGGCAUGGCCGCCCUCCUGGACGGAGGGGACUACGCGCACCACCGGAGCGGCGCCGAGCACCCUUUGGGCGGCCCUCUGCACCCCACCAUCACGAUGGCUUGCGAGACCCCGCCUGGCCUGAGCAUGAGCAGCACCUACACCACCCUGACGCCCCUGCAGCCGCUGCCGCCCAUCUCCACUGUCGCGGACAAAUUCCCCCACCAUCACCAUCACCCCCACCACCCCCACCACCCGUCUCAGCACCCGCAUCAUCCUCACCAGCGGCUGUCGGGCAACGUGAGCGGGAGCUUCACCCUCAUGCGGGACGAAAGGAGCCUGGCCGCCUCCAUGAACAACCUGUACUCUCCCUACCACACCAAAGACGUCCCCGGCAUGGGGCAGCGCCUCUCUCCGCUCUCCGGCUCCGGCCUGGGCGGGCUGCACGGCUCCCAGCAAGGGCUCCCCCACUACGCUCACCCGGGAGCCGCCGCCGCCGCCGAGAAGAUGCUGGCCCCCAACGGCUACGAAGCGCAUCACCCUGCCCUGCUGGCCAGGCACGGCGAGCAGCACCUGACGCCGACCUCGGCUCCCGGCAUGGGGCCUCUCCACGGGAUCCCGCACCACCCCCACGCCCACCUGAGCGCGCCGGGCCACGGGCAGAUCCUGGGUGCCGGGCCCCGGGAAGCCCACCCGGGAGCGGCGGCGGCGGGAGCAGCAGCGGCGGCCUCCGGGCAGGUCAACGGCGGCGGGGGCGGCUCCGGGCAGAUGGAGGAGAUCAACACCAAAGAAGUCGCCCAGAGGAUCACCACCGAGCUCAAGCGCUACAGCAUCCCGCAAGCCAUCUUCGCCCAGCGCGUCCUCUGCCGCUCCCAGGGGACGCUCUCGGACCUGCUGAGGAACCCCAAGCCCUGGAGCAAGCUCAAGUCCGGCAGAGAGACUUUCCGCAGGAUGUGGAAGUGGCUACAGGAGCCCGAAUUCCAGAGGAUGUCCGCGCUCAGGCUGGCAGCUUGCAAACGGAAAGAGCAAGAGCAUGGGAAGGACAAAAGUAACACCCCCAAGAAGCCCAGGUUGGUCUUUACGGACGUCCAGCGCCGGACUCUACAUGCAAUAUUCAAGGAAAACAAGCGCCCUUCCAAAGAUUUGCAAAUCACCAUUUCACAGCAGCUGGGUCUGGAGCUCAGCACGGUCAGUAACUUUUUCAUGAACGCGCGACGGAGGAGCCUGGAUAAGUGGCAAGAGGAGGGCGGCUCCAAUUCAGGCAACUCAUCUUCCUCAUCAAGCACUUGUACCAAAGCGUAAAGAAUUGACCACAAACUAAUCUUCGGUGGAAAAGCUUUAAAAAUAACUGAACAGGACUUCAAGAAAGCAGGUUUAUACUUCAACUCUUUUUAAAAAAUGUUAUUUAUAAGCCCCAAAGAAACCAAAGACUUAACUUCACCUAAUGAUGACUUGGCUAGAAAAAACACACUUUUGUGGGAUGAUGGCUUGCAAAAUGAAGAGACUGGGAAAAGAGAGCAGGCUGCUGGCUUUACACCUUUACACCAUGAUCUCUUCCCCCCUAUGUGGCCGGUUAGUGAUCUAGAGGGCAGCCAUUGCUUCUUACCAGUGAUGAGGAUGCUCUCGGAUACGGCUCUUUGUUUCUACGGCAACACCAUGGAGGUGAAAGAUGUACAUAGGAUUCCGGGUGCCCACCAGCAGCGAGGAACAUAGCCAGAGCUGGUCUCAGAAAGUACAACCAUAACAGCAUUGAGUCACAUGAGUUCGUUUUAAAAAGUAGUGUGAUUUUGCUCUUUUAAUUCUUUGAACUUUUCCAGUUCAAUACCUGGAUACAAGUUCAGAUAAGGCAAAGAAAUUCAAAUGCUUCCUGAACCAAUUGCAUUCUCUUUGUUUGUUAAGGGACGUGUCCAUUUUAAAAAAAACCAAACAAACCAACCAAAACAACCCCACAAUUUCAUUGUAAAAAUAUCAGGUAGGUACCAAAGAACACAUUUAUAAUUAUAUUGCAGGUAUUUUGUUGCAAUGCUUUUAAUACACCAAAGCUAUUUUUACACAAAAUUCUAUGUAGAGAUGUAAGGGUAAACACCUCAUUGUUGUCAGGCAUCCAGCUUUAAGCAAGACAAACCGUUGUUCCAACUGUGGCAAUUUCCUCUCCACUCAAGUGGUACAAGAUAGUAGUGUAGAGCCGAUAUGAUGGUAAAC